AUGGAGCCGGGGCAGGAGGCGGAGGGUCCGGCGCUGCACCGGCUGUACCAGCGACUCCUGGAGCCGCUGUCCCUGUUCCCGGCGUUGGCGGUGCGCCGGGGGUCGCCUCCGGGGAGCCCUCCGUCCUCGCCGGGCGGCCGCGGGGCGGAGCGGGGCGGGGGCCGGGCCCCGUCGGCCGGCCAGGUCGUGGCCGAGCUGCUGCAGGCCCGCCGGCGGCCGGAGCCCCCCGGGCCGCUCGACGCCGACCUCCGGGGCCCGCCGCCCCCUGCGCCGCCCGCCCCCCCCGGGACACCCAGCCCGCCGCCCCACCGGCUCCCCUGGGCCGGUGGCCGGCUCGAAGGCCCGGCGGCAGGAGGAGGCGCCCGGCGGGGCCCCAACGGCGGCCGGGCGUCGGCCCGGCCCGCGGACCCCGCCCGGCCCCGCCGCUCCAACUUGACCGUGGACUACCUCGGCCCGCCGAGCCGCCCCGACGCCCCGCGGGACCGGCCCGUCCUCCCCUCGCCCGGCCCCGGGCGCCCCCGGGGCUGCCGGCCCCCCGCCUCCCCGGCCCCGCCGCCGGAGAGCAGCCCCAGGGCCUCGGACGGCCUCCCGCCCCGGCGGGGCCGGUCCCUGCCCAGCCUGCGCCGGGGCUGGAUGCUGGCCGACGAGCUGUGCCUCCCCCCGCCGGCCCCCCGGCCCCUCACCCCGCUGGUCCUCGGCCGGGACGGGCCCCCGACCCCCGUCGGGGAGGCCCCCGCCUCCCCCGGGGCCGGGGCCGAGGACCUGCGGCUGCUGCUGAGGCGGGGCCGGGUCCCCCCGAGGGUCCCGGCCGGGCGACGGCGGCCGGCGGCCAUCGCCACCACCCCACCCGGCCCCGCCGCCGCCGCCUCGUCCUCCUCCUCCGGCCCGGACCCUCUGCUGGGAGCCCUGACCCGGCCCCCGGCCGCAGUGGCCCGGACGGAGAAGCUGCGCGAGGCCUUGGAGGCCCUGCGGGCCGAGGAGCGGCGGGCCCGGCGGGAUCGCCGCCCGCCGGGGCCCGGGCCGCUCCAUCCCCAGCCCGCCGCCGACACCCUGGAGCUGAGGGGCCGGACGGUGCGGGCCGCGGCCCGGCGCCUCCCCGUGCGGGCCCUGUCGGUGGCCCUGCGCGUGCCCUGCGCCCGGGUCCUCUACAACCACCUGACGGGCGAGCUGGGCCCCGAGCUGGUCGCCGGCCUGGACGCCCCGCUCUGGUCCGGCCGGGCCAUGUGGGACGUGUACGAGGAGCUGCUGGGCUGCCUGUCCGCCGACCACCUGGGCUUCGAGCGGGGCCCGCUGGUGGAGCCGGCCUCCGAGGCGGACGGGGCCGGCUCCGCCCCGAGCCUCCGCCCGAGCCUCCGCCCGGGCAGCCGGAGCACCCUGAACCCCCAACUGAAGGGGAUCGGGUGCCGCGGGAGGAGUCCCGGCCAGCGGAGCCCGCGCUUCAGCCCCACCUCGCCCCCCGACCGGAGGGCCCCGCCCGACUCGGACGACUACUUCAGGUUCCUGGCCGCCCAGGACGGCGACUUCCUCUGGGUCAUCUACCGCCUCUACCUGGAGGAGCCCCCCGAGGAGGAGCCCCCGGCCCCGAAGGCCGACCCGCUGAUGCUGCCGCCGUGCCCCCCGCCGCUGGGCCCGGACGACGGCGGGAGGGCGACGAGGACGAGGACGGGGAGAGGGGGCCCCGCGGCCUUCGUGCGGGGCCUGUGGGACCCCGGCACGGUGCCGGUCCAGGGGCUGGGGGCCCGGCGGCUGCCGGGGGAGACGCCGCUGCCCCUCUUGCAGAGGCGCCUGGAGCGGGUGUGGUCCGUCCUGCAGGUGCCCGAGCCCAAGCGGCUGGACAUGGCCAUCAAGUACAGCUCCGACGCCCACCUGGGCCAGCUGCCCUACCUGGUGGACGCGUGGGAGCGGGCCAUCCGGCCCAUCCAGGAGCGGGAGACGGCCCUGGCCCGGCUGGAGCGCUUCGAGAUGCGCGCCUCCGACCCCAACCGCUUCUUCCUGUCGGGGGAGGGCCGGCCCGGCGGCCGGCCCCAGGAGGCCCGGGUCCGGGCCUUCCUGCACAAGCGGGUGGCCAAGGCCGAAGGGCCCCUGGGCCGCCUCCUGGAGGAGAUCCAGGUGACCUUCGGGGAGCCCGUCACCCUCAGGGGGCGGCCCUACCUGGACAAGAUGAAGCGGGACAGAGUGGAGAUGCUGUACUGGCUGCAGCAGGAGCGGCGGGCCGGAGACCUGGUCCACGGGCCCCUGCGUGCCCGGCUGCGACCCCUAGUCGGGGCGCCCGGCCCCCGGCCCCCGGGGUCCCCGAGGUCGGCCUCCCCCUCGCCUACCCCGGGUUUCUAGGCGCCCCCUCCGCCCCCCGCGGCCGGCUCCGCCUCCGGGAGGGAUCCGGCGCCCCGAGAACCCCGAGGCCCGCCGGGCUCCGUUGGGUAAGAAGA